GUGUGUGUGUGUGUGUGUGUGUAGCAUAGAAAGAGGAGGCAGGGGUGUGAGGGGGGAUGAGAAGCAGACUGCUAAGAGUUGUGUGGCUUUACUUUAGGAAAACACCUUUUGUUUAUUAUCUUGGACACGAAGCAGGAAAAGGACAACCUUUUUUCAAAGCAGCUGCUUUGCGCGAGGACCCAGUGGAUCGUACAGAACCUCCAGUCUUAAGGUGAAGCACGUCCGCCAUCAGCCUGCUUUACAUUCAUACAGGAUUUUAAAGAAAAUGGAGGAUGAAUGGGAGGAAGAGGAGCAGCUUGUUCUGGUGGAACUUUCAGGAGUCCUCAACAGUGACUUUCUGACUAAAUUUCGAGGCUCAUGCAAGAUACUGGAUAUAGACAGUGAGAGGCCCAUGAUGCAGGUUGGACAGUAUGUGUUUGCUGGAGAUUAUGAAGAUGCCUUGGGAACUUGUGUCGUUUUUGAAGAGGUACCACGAAAAGGAAAAGCAAACAGUGGCCCAGACCUCAAAUACAUGUGCCACACUAUGAAAAAACUGACAAUGCAACGAAUCUUCCUCACUGAGAAGAAAGAUGGUGAAACCGUUACAGAAGAAGCUGAUAGUCAACAGAUGGACACAACUCAUCUGUCUAAACAAAAGGAAAAUGACAGCGCACAAGUAGUGAUAGACGAUAAUAUAGAAAACAACAACAAAGAUAUGGAGGACUCAGCUGCUGAGAUGUGAGGACUUUAUAGAUUAUAACCUCUCAAUAUGAAGAUAAGACAUGUGCCUCUGUAAAAAGUUUCAAGGUCUGGUGUUUAUAAAUAUAUGCUGUUCAACAGCAAUAAUGAAGUAUUUCUUUCCUAGUUGUUUUCUUUAAAACAAAAAAAUUCUACAGAAUAUAGUGCUUUUUUUUAUUUGAGCUUCAUAUAAAAUUACUUUUUUAUUUUUACAUAACUAUUGAGAACAUUAUUAUAGUAACUUCUCUUAUCAUGGAAGGCCAUUGCUAUUUUCUAACAAUGUUGGGGCUGAGA